GUCCCCCUUUGCGACUCCAUACCAAAAUUCAAUCUUUAUUCACAACCAACAGCCGCGUUCUGGUCUUCACUAUCCUAGUCUAUCCUAACAACUAUCACAUCUCAUGAGUGCAUCUUCAUCAUGGCUUCCCUAAAAAGUGUGCGGGAGAAGAUCCCCAACGCGCUAAACCUCUACUCCGACUUCAUCCUCAAAAACCAAUCUUCUGUUACUCAAAUCGAAUCUGCCCUACGCUCUUUAACCUAUAUAAUACCUGGUCGUUUCCGUGAUGCCGAACUCGCAUCCGAAUCUCUACAUUCUUCUAUUCAGCUGCUGUCGCUUUACCAUGAUACCCUCCUCUCUCGAGCCUUAUCUAAACUCCCUGGGAUGCCUAGACAAAAUGCGCAUAAUCGAUAUACCAAAUAUUGGGUCAAGGGUAACGGGAUGUAUAGAAGGAUAGCUAUGUUGUUGAGCAUGAUACAGUAUACUGAGUUAUUAUGGGAGAUGACGGCAAAGAGAAAAGGAGAGAAGAUGAGAUGGAGAGUGGUAGUUUUUCUAGAAUUCAUCAAGGCGGUUUGUAAACUGCUUCUUUUAAGAAUUACCAAAGGACGACCACUUGUUACACCACCUCUUCCCGAACGUGAUAUCAUACCCGAAGAAUCACCUGCAGAAACCGAUGAAAUACCCCCUUGGCUCGAUACCAAUGAUUCGGUAGCCAUGCGAGAAGAAGAAAAACUCCGAAAGAGCCGCGAGACGAAAGAAUAUAAGUUGAAGAGAACGGGAUUGACACUUCCAAAUCUACCAAACUCGAGCGAUAUCUCAAACUAUCUUCUUUCGAAAGUCCUUGUUGCCGAUGACAUCAAAGCGCCAAUCUCGCUUCUUAACCCCCUUACUCUUCCCUCUCAAUACGCAGAAUAUAUGCACAUCCUCCAACCCGUCAUUUACGCCAUUGCUCUCGCCCAUUUCCGCAAGAACCCCAAGUCAUGGAAACCCUGGGCUAUAGGACUCAGUAUCGAAUAUGCUGCACGUCAACUCCGCAGCGAGAAUUACAGAACUACUGCUUUAGAGAAGGAACAAUGGAAUAAGAGGGGAUGGGCAAUGGGAUGGUGGGCAUUACGAGGUGCAUUCUACGAGAAUGUUACAAAGGGAUGGUUACAUAGGACGAGCAACCGUUUACCAAGUUUGAUUGGAGGUGUGGUGGAAGAUUAUUUGUGGUUGUGGGAUGAAUAUUAUUUCAGUACGAGUCAGGAUUAGGAUUGAGGGUUGAAAUUCAGGGGGUCAAUAUUUGUCCGUGGGUGUAAAGAGGGAGGUGGUAGCGAGAUGGAAACAUUAUAUACAUCCAUACUUCAACGUUGAUUUAACAGUUGAGCACUUGGAGGGCGUCAGGUCUGAUUUGGACACUAAUAAAAUUGGAAGGCAUGGAUAGAAGGAUAUGAGGACGAUGGAUACCUACACCUACUAUGGAAGGGAGAAGAACAGAUGGGAGAGUUUGGGAAUAUAUACUAGUAUACUGAUAGAAAUUUUUGUAAUUAUGAUAAUGAAGUUUUUCUUCGAUAGCCAAGACACAUU